AGAAACAAAAUUGUAAGCUGAUUUUGAUUCAGCCUCGUCUAAAAGAACGACAUAAAAAGAAGAAAAGAAAGAAAGACACACAACAAUAACAUCCAUUCUUUUAAGAAAGACACACAACAAAACAUCCAUUCUUUUAAUAAGUUGGAACCCUCGACCUAAACAAGUUGGCAGCCUAAAGUCCGAUCCCGAUCAAAUUAUCUGUUUGCUGGCACCAUUUUCUUUCAGACUCGAUCCCGUUUUCACCAGAGGUAUUCCUCUGUUGAAAUUAAGCAUGCUGCCAACAUUUUCGAGGGGGCGUCCGCCCUCCACAUUCAGACAGGGUCCCUUGUUUCCGCACUACCUUCGCAGAAUUAUUAAGUGGCGACAGAUGGAUAUUGAGUACACUUUUUGGCAAAUGCUUCACCUUUGCACAUCGCCUAAAGUGGUCUACCAGCAUACAAAGUACCACAAACAAACAAAGAAUCAGUGGGCACGAGAUGAUCCAGCAUUUGUAGUUAUAUGCAGUUUUCUUUUGGCUGUAGCAGCAUCAGCUUACUGUGCUGCGUAUGAUGACAGCUGGGCACAUGCUGGUUUUACAGUGCUUUCAGUUGUGCUUGUACAUUUUUUAUUGAUUGGAAUCCUUUUGGCCACAUGUUGCUGGUUUUUAACAAAUAAUUACCUUCGAGAAGAGAUGUCUUCAAACACUCAUGCAGUAGAGCAACAUGUUGAAUGGCUCUAUGCAUUCGAUGUACACUGCAACUCAUUUUUUCCCAUCUUUGUUGCACUCUAUGUUAUUCAAUAUUUUCUUUCACCGUUGCUUCUUGCACAUGGUUUUGUUCCUGUUUUACUAUCCAAUCUGCUCUUUGUGGUAGCUCUAUCUUACUACCAUUACUUGAACUUCCUUGGUUACGAUGUGUUGCCUUUCUUGGACAAGACAACGUUUUUCCUCUAUCCAAUCGGGUUUAUCAUUAUUCUCUCUCCAUUUUUGGUACUUGCUGGUGUCAACCCUACACGUUAUGUUCUGAAUUUUUACUUUGGCUAGAUCCUUAAGAGAGAUCAGGUUUCUGGAGAUCAAUAUUGUCUGUUUGGGAUGUCAUCGAGAUUGGAAUAUCUUAAUGUGAGUCCUUUACAACUUGCAUAGUGUAGUCGGCAAAAUUACGUAUGAACUGAUUGGACUUCCAUACAAACCUGAGUUUGGCUUUGUAUUAACUUAAGGCAAUUCAAUUUGAUCAAUAGCUUAUUUGUCUAACUUGUCCUGUAAUCUCUCUUUCUCUCUGUGGGCACUUCACUGCCUUCCAAUUUCCGCCUCUUUCAAUAGCCCAAUUUCAUGUGAAAAUCUUAAGUUGAUUGAACAGAAAUGAGCAUGGAUCAUUUGACGAACCAAAUAUGGGAAGGCUUCUUAAUCUUUAUCGUAUGUUGAUCAGUAUAUUUUGUCAGUGGUACUCCACAUCGUUCUAUUUAAAGUUAUUCAACCUUAUCCACCUAGAUGCCACUGUGUUAAUUAUAUGGUGUACUUUUAUGAAUGCCUAACAUAUAAUGUAGGCUUGCUGGACGGUGGCGGUGAUAUGGCCCUAACUCAUCAUUUUAAACUUGAAGCUAUGGUGGUUGCCUACGAGCAGGCCAUGCACUUAGUGAUGGCAGCCACUAAAUGUUCCUGGGCUCUAGAGUUACAUCGUCAGUCAUAGAUUUGUGGCUAGAAUCAAACACCAAUAUUGUAUGGAUAAUGCCUGCAGUCUGAUUUGUUUGGACAAUUGAACUUUAAUUUUUUCAUAGAAAAAUGGCCACAACAUUUUUACC